AUGGACCCGAGGCAACGGUUGUACGAAGUUUACCCCGGGGGAGACAUCAUCAACCCACCCCCAUUUCCAAAGCGGCCAGAUAUCUUCAAGCAAGCGCCACUAGCCCCAGCGUUGACAGAAGACGACGCAUUUCUUGCCCGUCGAUUUUGGGAGCAGCCCGAUGAAUCCCUCGGACGUGCAUGGAAGGCACAUGACAAUCGUCCUUACACACGAGCAACCGAAGAAGAAGAAUCGGUAAUGCAUGUGUUGGCUCACAAUGUCUAUGAGCACCUGAUGAGCAAUCCACUUCUGCCUGUUUCUCGUGAAAAUGCACGAGCUAGAUUUACAGCGGAGGGCUUGGACGAGACCUAUAACGGCGUGCAGGGCCUAGACGCAAUGGAACAAAAAGUGUUUAUACACGGCCUCAACGUCAGAGACCCGGAUCUUUGGACGAAAGAUGCACUUACAGAAGAACUGGCAUCGAGGGGUCUAAGCACAGAUGGGAGAAAAAAAGACCUACAGCGUCGUCUAUGGGAGUACGAAUGUGAUGAGCGCUUUGGGAUCUCGAGACAAAGCAACUUGAGUCACUGGGGUAUCCAUCCCGCGCGUAUUGUCAUUACCUACUGGGCCAUUUUGAUCUCGCCAUUUGGAGACGCCUAUCGUGGAGAACUUCUCUGUGAAGUACUGACGACGACAAACCUAAGAAACAAGCGGCCCGGGAUGUACACCAGGGUUUGGGACGCCAUUCAGCAGCAUUUGAUGAUCGAAUUGAAAAUCAAGGGAGUUUCUAUGACAAGGGAGGUUCUGCAAAUGAGGAAGGCAAAUGGUAUCAACUAUUUCAUUCCCACUCUGAGGAACGCCCUUCACAGCAUCACCAGUCUCAGCCUCGCAGCCCUGAAUUGUUGGGAUGAUUUUGAAGACCAUAUGCAGGGCCAACUUCAAAGGCCCCUGCCAUAUCGCGAUGUGUCAGUUCCAAAAAAACGAAUGACAGUGAGCGCCCCUGUGAAAGCCGAGAUCAAGCACAGGAGAGAGAAUCCCUCGGCGCUCCAUCCAUCCCUUUAUGGACACGAGUGGAGCCGAGGAUGGAUUUCAGGUGCCGAUAAAUAUCCAUAUGACCAAGCGGAUGUGAGACGUGAAUCGCCACAUUUUAUCGAUGCCCUCAAUGCAAAUGUUUUCACGGUUGGUGUCCAAACUGGGAAGUCCCCGAAACGGACAUGCCAGGUGCAACCAACACUCACAAAGGACAAUUCCUUCAAUGGCCUGGGAGUCUUUGCCACUACAAACAUCAAAGCAGGAACCCUGAUUCACUAUGAGGAACCCGUUAUUCGUGGAAAUCUCAUCCCCAACAGGCUGCUUGAUGAUGAAGGUGAAGGGCCCCUCCAUGCCCCACGAUGCGACAAUUGCCAAACGGCAAUCGACCCGGACGAAGUUCGGCACAUCAAAGAAAACUGGGACUUCAUUCGUAAUCCGAUGCUCCUUUCUCAAAGGUUACACCCGUCUAACUGUGCGUGUCUUGACAUGACGUGUAAAUGUUCAGAUGUAGGAUAUUUCAGAGCCACGAGGGGCGGUCUGCUAUUCUGUUCUUUCAACGAUGCAAGAUCAGACGGCGCGGCCCCCCUUUGCUUGGCUAUUGCGCGUGAAACAUACCAUUUCCAAGAAUUCUGUGGCCUCGAUUGGGGCUGGCUGCACGAUGCAAUGCGACCUAACAAAGUGACGUGGGGAGGAUCACAGUAUUUCACUCACACCAAUGAACGCCACGGGACUGUUCUGAGUCUGCUCCUGAAGAGUGUGCUCGAACUUACGCUCCACCGCCGCCAAGAGGACCCUAAUCUUCUCGCGCAUGAAAUUAACGAACUCCUCGUCCUUCAGGCAGGUACAGACACGAACGAGCCGUGGAAGAACAGCUGGUUCCCUUUUACGCUGGCUGGUAAUAUCCAAAUACCUUUCGAUAUUCUUUUCAACCUUGGAGUGGACAUAUUCAGUGACCUCUCAUUUGAUACUUGGGUUAUUCAGAUUGUGCUGCGGAAGUUGCUGGUCAAUGCUGUUCCCUGGGAGCAUGCACGGCGAGGUGCAAAUCUAACGUUCACUCACAGAGAUGGGCCCAAACCGGGGCUACACCCAAGACUACAAAGUAGAAUGAGAGACGGAAACGAAGAUCUCUCGGCAAUGGAGCCAUCCUUUGGGAACUUCUACCUCUUCCCCGGAUUAAGCAUGUUCAACCAUUCCUGUCGCCCUUUUGAGAAUGCCCAGUGGGGAUACGAUGACAAGGUCCCCAACCGCGUAGUCAUCUGGGCGAACAAGGACAUCAAAGCUGGGGAAGAGAUAAGAAUUCCGUAUCAACGUUAUCGGAUUGCUGAUCCUGUUGGUGAAGACCUCGAUCUCAAUCUACACGCUGUGCAGCUGUUUGGAAAGAACUGCGAGUGUCCCCGGUGCCAAGGCAGGGGACUUGUACCUCCUGUUGAAAAUGGGAAGGCCAAAUCCAUGUCUGGUAACGAUGCUACUCAAGACGAUGGGACAUUUGACUGGACCCCGGGCCCAGUAAUUAUUUCCCCAAAGCAGGAAACUUGGGGUGGUGUUCUCGGAGAGGACCACUCCGAACUUGAUGAAUAUACGAAAGAGUAUCGGGAGAUCGACGUGGAUGACGAUGAGGAUAAGGAUGAGGUGGAGCAUGGCGAGGAUGAGGCCAGGGACAAUGAGACUAAGUGUGUUGAAGUUGCGAAUGGGAUGCAGACGGGGAGAGGCUUGGAUAUGAAGGUGGUCAGUGAAAGUCUUGCGGAUUCCGAGCUUUUGAAAUAG